UGAUUUUCGAAGCAAAAACGACCCUCAAACGAGGAUGAAAUAUUUCGAAUAUUAGCAAAAAGAUUUAAAGACUUUUGUGUCCUUACGUUGAAAGUUGGUGUUCUGUGCUCGUCACUGUCUUUUUUUGAAUCCCUCUUCGCGAGCGUUGGAGAGUGAAAUUUUUCAAGCCCGUCGAGAAAUAUAAUUUCAGUACGUCUCAGGAAUUCAGCGAAAAUACUGAUUUUUGUUCGUUUUUCCUCGCGUUCGAACCCGUUUUCUUUUCAUCCGAAACAGGACGAAAACGCCAGACGACUCCCCGGAGGAUUGAGACGCAGACGACGGAGUUUCCAGCAUGGCGCGGUUAUCGGUGUGGGUCCUGCUGGGACUUGCACUGUUUACCCUUUCGGUUCCUGAUCUCCGGGUAAAUGCAGAAGCUCCUACGGAAUACGAAUGUCGGCCAUACAUUGAAAAAGCACUACAGGAUUUAAAAUCCGGAGAAACUGCAAGUCCAGAGCAGGAACCGACUGAUGAAACCAGUACAGAGGGAUCUCCCAUAGAUGUAACGAGUCAAGAAGAAGAAGACAACACUGCCGCCGAGGAAACCAGUAUUGAAGAAGACGUUCCAGCUUCACCUGAGCAACUGACUGCAUCCGAGGAAGUCCAGGAAGCAUUGUUUGAUGAAUCCGCUGAACCCACAACAACGGAAGGAAGCCAAGAAGUUGCUGCAGAAGAUGAAGAUGACGAUGAAGAUGAUGAACAGACUGACGAAACCGAAGGAGUUCAGGAUGAAACAGCGGAUGACGAAGAAGAUGACGAAGCUGACGAUGAAGAGGACGCUGGUGAUGGUGAGGAAGAUCAAUUGACUGCUUCGGAAGAAGAAGCCGAUGAAGAGGAAGAAGACAACGAAGCUGUCGCCAGUGAUGAAGCCGUCGCAGAUAAUAUUAGCGCCGAAGAAGAUACUGCCGAUGAUGACGAAGAUGAGGAAGAUGAAUUGAAUACAGAAAGUCAAGAAGCUAACGCUGAUGACGAAGAUGAAGAUGAGGAAGCCGAAGAAAUCACUGAAAGUGAGGAAGCUGCUCUUGUGGACGACGAAGAUGAUCAGAAUGAUGAAACAACUGAAAGUCAGGAAGCUGCUGCAGCGGAAGACGACGAGGAAGAUGACGAUGAUGAAACUGCUGCAGAAGAUGAUGAUGCAGAAGAUGAAGAUACGGUUACUGAAAGCCAAGAAACUGCAACCGAAGCUGCAGAAGAUGACGAUGAACAGGAUACGGUAACAGAAAGUCAAGAAGCCGAUGAUCAGGAGUAUGAUGAUCAGGAAGCGGUUGCAGACAGCCAAGAGGCCGAAGAGCAGGAAGAUGAAGCUGACGAAGAUGAUGCAGAACAGGCUGAUCAAGACGAUGAAGAGGAUGACGAAGAAACAGACGAUGAUGAAGAUGAUGGCGAAGAACAGGACCAGGAAGAUGAUAAUGACGAGACAAACGACGAAGAUGAUGAAGACAUCGAAGAUGAUGAAGACAAUGACGCAGCAGAUUUUGCAAGUACAGAACAGGACAUUGAUAAAGAAGAAGAAAAUGACGAUGACGAAGAUGAUGAUGGAGAAGGUUUAAACAUGGAUGCUGAUGAUGAAGCUGAUGAGGAUGCUGACGAGGAGGAACAGCAUGCGGAGGAGGACGAUGAUGCAGAAGAGGACAUGGAUACGGAAGACGAAGAGGAUGGAGACGAUGAAGAAGAUGAAGAUGAUGAAAUAGAUGAAUACCAGGCAGAUGAAGACAACAUUGAUGGUGACGAUGAAGAGGUCGAUGAGGAUGAGGAAGACGACGAAGCAGAUAUUGAUGAGGAUGAUGGAGAAGAUGGGGAUGAAGAAGAAGAUGAGGAUGAAGAACAAUAUGAUGAUGAUGAAGAAGAAGACGAUAUCAUCGAUCAGGAUGAGCAUGAAGAUGGACACGACGAAGAUCUAGAUAAUGUUGACGAUGAAGAUGACAAUGACGAAGAUACCGAAGAGGAAAAUGAGACACUUGACGCAUCAGAAGCAGAUGAGGAACAGGUGGAUGAAAACGCGCAGUCUGCUGAAGUUACCGAAGAUAGUGCUGAAACCGAAGAUGUCCCAGUUGUCAGCGAAGAAGUGGUCGAAGAAACGUCAACUGAGCAGCCUGAUGAAAAAGAUGCUGUUGAAGCUUCUGAAGAAGAAGGUGAGGCCGAAAUUGCUCCUGAAGAUGACACACUCUUAGAAGAGCCAGAAGUCAGCGAAGAGGUUCCAGUCGAAAGCGCCGAGCAACAAGAGGCCGAAGAGGCCACGGAUUCAGCUGAAGCAGUCGCCGAAGAAACUGUUGUCGCAGACCAAGCUACUUCAGAAGAAGCGUUAUCUGGAGAAGAACCUGUUGAACCCGCGGCGCCAGUGGAGAGUGCCGAAGAAACUGCUACACCAGAAGAAAGUGCCGAAGAAGUUGAACCACUUCCCGAGGAAGAUUUGUUACUGGAGUACGAAAUUCCUACCAACCUUAGAGAUACUUCGCACAUUUAUGAGCUCCUAAACAUCAACGAAGAAGCUGUCGAGAAAGAAAAGGCUAUCCAACAGGUUGCGGACGUUAUAUUACGGGAUCUGAAGAAAACUUACGAUACCGCCAUUAAGCCCCUAGAAGUUUUGUAUAAGUAUCGCGAUCUCAGCAAUCGCCACUUCGGUGAUCCAGAAAUAUUUUCGAAACCUCUCAUCCUCCUUAUGGGACCAUGGAGUGGUGGAAAGUCUACUAUCCUGAACUACCUUACCCAAAACGAGUACACACCUAACUCUGUCAGAACCGGAGCCGAACCAUCCCCGGCAUAUUUCAACAUCCUCAUGCACGGCGAUGAGCCAGAAGUACUGGACGGUACACAGCUCGCAGCCGAUUGGACCUUCUCCGGGCUACAGAAAUUUGGACAAGGUCUUCUUGAUCGCCUCAGGGGUCAAAAGCUCCCUAAUAAAUUACUUGAACGAGUCAACAUCGUCGAAAUUCCUGGCAUUCUCGAAGUGCGCAAGCAAGUCUCCCAAUACUUCCCAUUCAACGACGCCUGCCAGUGGUUUAUCGAUCGUGCCGAUAUCAUCUUCCUGGUGUACGAUCCGUCCAAACUAGACGUCGGACCAGAAACCGAGGCAAUCCUAGACCAGCUCAAGGGCCGAGAGUACCAGACUCGCAUCAUCCUGAAUAAGGCCGAUCAGGUUAAACCUGAAGAAUUACUUCGGGUGCAGGGUGCGCUUAUUUGGAACAUUUCACCACUGAUGUCGUCCGCUCAGCCACCGGUGAUGUAUACCGUAUCCUUGUGGUCCAAUCCCUACGAAACCGGAGCACCCGUCAGACUGUUACAGGCGCAGGAACGUUCUCUGCUCCUUGACCUUGGCCAGGCUAUCGACAAGAGAAUCGAAAAUAAGAUAGCUAGCGCGCGUCGUUUUGCUGUACGUGUUCGCAACCACGCCAAGAUGGUCGAUUGCUACUUGACGACUUACUACAAUCACAAGACCUUGUUCACAAACAAGAAACACAUCACGGACCAGAUUAUAGGAAACCCACAGCAAUACCACAUCUACGAAGGCUUGUCGACGCUAACCAACAUCUCGCGCUACGAUCUGCCCGACCCGGAUGUGUAUCGUGAUUUCUUCCACUUGAACCCACUGUACGAGUUCAAGAAGCUGUCCGAGACAUGCACUUACUUCCGAGGCUGCCCGAUUAACAAGCUAGACAUCGCGAUUGCAUACGAUCUGCCCGAGUUGGUUGGCAAGUACAAGAAGAUGGUCGAGACUGCCCUGGCCAAGCUGCAAAUUCCGUCCCCAACUACCGAUUUCGGACGAGUAAAAUCCAGUAGUUGAGUGCGAAUGGAUGUGUGAUAUCGAACUGUAGACGGUGAGCUAUCCUUGUGAUCCUGCCGCCCUCAACAUUGAUUCAGACUAUUUCUGUUAUAAUUUCCAACUUUCUGUCUGUCACUCCUAACCGUUGAUUUUUUGUUUUGAAAUCCGAAUUUGUUCCGAUACGAUGUUAUAGUUACUUAGAGAUAGACAAAAAGAUACUCUUAUACUUACUGCAAACGCAUACAAAUUGUUCAUGAAAGUGAGUAGCGGACGAAUGAUCUUUGUAUAAAUCGCAACCUGUCAUUUAAAUCAAUGCAUUAGAUGAAGAAAGUUUGUAUGAUCUUAUUUAUUAUUUUUAGUGGAAUAGAUUUCCCCAUAUUUGAUCAUGUUUCUAGUGAAACAUCUUGACGCAUCUUCUAGUCCAAGCUCCGCGCUGUGUAAAAAUAAAAAAAGGGUUACCAAUUUUAUCUCAUUUAUCGAGAAGCUGAAUGAAGAAUAAUUGUAGAGAAGAAAGGACAUAACCUCAAGAAUUUGUUGCUUUAUGUGAGGGAGAUGCAACAUCGUUGGAUAAAGUACAUCAAGCCUAACUGAGGUCAACCCAUUUAACACAAUCUAAUUCGAACGCUGGGCAAAGAGAUCUGCUGAAGCUUCUAGCGUUAACGUGUAAGCAUUUAAGUAAAUGUUCAUCAAACUGGAAAAAUUAUAUGGUUUACAUGUUGUUAGAAGAAAUUAUUCAAACACUGUAACGAUAUCAGCAACAGCACGACCGCAAGUGUAUAGGAAAUAAACAAAUUGAAUGCA